AUGGCAUCACCACCACCGCCAACAUCUUUGAACAACACACAACAACAAGCUCGACACCCAUAUUACGACGAAAAGGCUGCCGAGCGUGAAAACCGUAUUCGAAGCUUGUUUGAUUCACUGGACAGUAACGGAAACGGAUACCUUGAUGCAGCUGCUAUUCUUCGUGGAUUCCAUAAACUCACCCAUUUGCCUGCCCACACACGCUAUGCCACCGAUCUCCUGGCAAAAUGCGACACGGCUCGGGACGGCGCAAUAGACUAUUCUGAAUUUAGAACCUAUGUGCUUGAAAAAGAAAAGGAGUUGUGGGAUUUGUUUUCGGAAAUCGACCAGUCCGGCGACAAUCGGUUACGCGCUGACGAUCUCGAGAAUGCACUCAAGGCAGCAGGGAUACGCGUCACCAAGGAUGAACUGGACGAAUUCAUCCAAGUGAUUGAUACUGAGGGAAACGGAUACAUUGAUUUUCAGGAUUGGCGCGAUUUCUUGUUGUUGUUGCCACAGGAAACAACCAUUUCAGAAAUCUACCAGUAUUAUCAAACAUCGACACAACUGACCCAGGACGCCGAGGUCUCCUUCUCGCAUACCGACGAAGCUGCACAGAAUGCCUACAAGUACCUUGCUGCAGGCGGCAUUGCGGGUGCUGUUUCACGAACAUGUACAGCACCCUUUGACCGACUCAAAGUGUACCUGAUUACACAAACUUCGCCCAGACCGAUCCAAAAUAUAGCCUCCUCUGUAAAAGGAGGACCAGCAUCAUCAACAGCAGCAGCAGAAUCCUCAUCAUCCAUCGUUGGUGCCGUCCGCAAAAUUUAUGGUCAAGGUGGUUUCCGCGGCUUCUUUGUUGGCAAUGGAUUGAACGUCAUGAAGAUUAUCCCAGAAUCCGCCAUCAAGUUCUAUGUGUUUGAAACUGCCAAGACAUUGUUGGCCCAAUUCACUGGUGUCGAGGAUAAGAACGCUAUUCCGGUGGGUGCCCGAUUUGUUGCUGGCGGCAUGGCUGGUCUGUGCUCCCAAUUUUGCAUUUACCCCGUAGAAACCCUUAAAACACGCAUCAUGUCGACCAAGGUGGGCGAUCAAGCCAAGAACCCUGUGCUUAGUGCCGGUAGUGGUGUUGCUCCGAAUGGUCGGUCGUUUGUUGUCAACACUGCAAUCAACAUGUAUAAAGCCCAGGGCAUCCGUGCGUUCUGGCCUGGUUUGACGCUUGGUUUGUUGGGCGUGUUUCCAUACCAAGCCCUAGAUAUGGGCAUUUACGAGACACUCAAAGUUACCUACUUGCGUUACAUGAAUGGUCAGGAGGAAAAACGGAAAAGCAACGAUUUGCUUCUUCCCAAUGUACUGGUGUUGUGGGCAUGUGGUAUGGUGAGUGGCUCAAUUGGCGCCACCACUGUUUAUCCGCUCAAUCUUGUCCGGACGAGAUUACAGGCGCAAGGUACACCAGGCCACCCACAUCGCUAUUCCUCUGCUUGGGACGCUGCCAGAAAAACAUUUCAAGCUGACGGUGUUCGAGGCUUUUACAAAGGCCUGGGACCAACAUUAUUCAAGGUCGUCCCAUCCGUCAGUAUCAGUUAUGCUGUGUACGAGUUCAGCAAACGGUCUUUGGGAAUCAGCUAG